CCUCGAGUGAAAACGUGCGGUACCCUUUGAUAUACAAAUAGUAUUUUAUUGUUGUCUGUGAGCGCUGACGUGAGCUCCGCGUGCCGGCAGUGUAAUGCCAAAGAUGCGUUUCUUUUCCACACACGGUGAGCGGACAUACGUCAAGCGAUCACAGGCACGGAUCAAAACGAGCACGCGCUCCGCUUCCUUGCAACCUCAACGGGUCGCAGACACGCAAACGUGGCCGGUGAUCCCGCCUGCCUAACACGGGCCCUGCCGAUCAGCAGGGCCGGAUCGGCGUCCAGGCCGUCAUCGGUGCCAUGACGAUCGCGUACCAGGCUGACGUGUCCACGAGCACACUGCUUGGCUUCUGGAAGCUGGUCGCCCGCUGGCGCGGCUCGGUCUACAAGCUCAUCUACAAGGAGAUGCUGGUGUACGGGGCCGCGUUUACUGCCAUCGCCAUCUGGUACCGGCGCUUCAUGACGGCCGACCAACGGCGGCUCUUCGAGCAGCUCGCGCUGUACAGUGACCGGGCGCUCGAGCACAUACCACUCUCGUUCGUGCUCGGCUUCUACGUUUCAUUCGUGGCAGGCCGCUGGUGGGACCAAUUCACCAGCAUCCCCUGGCCGGACAGGCUGGCGCACGUCGUCCUCGCAUACGUCAGCGGCGGCGAUGAGCAGGGGCGCCUGUUGCGACGCACCAUGAUGCGUUACGCCAACCUAGGUCUCGUGCUCGUGCUUAAGUCGGUGGUGACGCUCACAACUCACUUGUUCUUCGUGACGUGCCUAGUGGCGCGCCAGAGCUUGGACCCUGAGAAAGGUUAUCCAGGUCACCAGCUGGACGUCUACUUUCCCUUCUUCACCUUCCUGCAGUUCAUCUUCUUUAUGGGAUGGCUCAAGGUCGCCGAGCAGCUGAUAAACCCGUUCGGUGAGGACGACGACGACUUCGAGACCAACUGGCUCAUCGAUCGACACACACAGGUCUCGUACAUGGCGGUGGACGAGAUGUACGGCAAGUUCCCUCCCAUGGAGCGGGACCUACACUGGGACAGCCAGGAGCCCGACCUGCCCUACACCGCGGCUGCCAUCGUGCACAAGAUACCCACCUACCGUGGCUCGGCUGUUAACAUCGGCUGACGAGUGAAGUUGAUCGGCGCGGCUCACCUUUGUGUGCUUAAUCAUGGGUCAUCUGCCACGUGCUACACUACAUGUCAUCCCUGAUGAGCUGUCUUAGUUCAACAUCCUACCACGUGGCGCGCAUGCUUCGAAGGCUGUCAAUGACCUCAGCUAUCCAUACAUACAAGGAUGGAAAAGGCAGUGCCCAUGGUGAUUCCCGCCGGUGCAACCAUUUUAUUCGCAUAGUCUCCGCUUCUGCGUCCCGAGUCGUGGAUGGUUGUAGCUGUCAUCGGCACAUGGUCGUUCCUUAUCCUAAAGGCCUGAUCCACGACGUGCGUGAGGAGUCGUGAUCGAGCAACGGUCAUGCAUUACUGUGCCAAUUGCCUUGUGGCCGCGAAUGCUGGUUGCAAUGCCUUUGAUUGCCAAACGAAUUUUGUGUCCGUGGUGUCGUCGAAAAGUGCACACGCCAGUAAGUUGUCCCCAUUCAUGCAGUGGCUGACCAUUGCCUGGUGGGUGUGCAUGGAAUUACCGUACCGUUAUUAUUCGUGUGUUUAGUGUGUUCGAUCGAGUGUGUAUAAAUUUUGUCGACGCGAGCCGCCGACUGUAAAAAUUAGGUCUACGUACCGGCCGCUUUGCCGCCCAGGUGCUGACUUUCCUCGGUGGCACCAUGCGUGCUGUCCUUGAAGCGUGCAUGACCGCACGAACACGAAGUUUCCAUUUGUUAAUCUUAACCCUAGAGACAGCAGCUGGCAGAAGAAAAAAAAAAAGCUGUGCUUGUUUUCUUAUAUCUUGUCCGUCGCACUUCGUGGUUGUCCUGGCGCACAGCGCAAGGGCCAACAGUUGUUUUAUUCUCUGCAUGUGCCUGUUACGAGUCUUGAGCGCUCAGUGUUUUAUAAUUAAAGGCGUUUUCUCUUUUAAGAAACAUUUGUCCUAUUUUACUCCUAUGCAAAGUAAAAAAAAAAAAACCGUGCGAUGAUGGCGCGCACAGCUUGUCUUUA